AUGAGUCUGACGUCCUGGUUCCUUGUGAGUGCCAAUGGGACACGUCAUCGACUCCCACGAGAGAUGAUCUUCGUGGGAAGAGACGACUGUGAACUAAUGCUACAGUCCCGCAGUGUGGACAAACAACAUGCUGUCAUCAACUAUGAGACCGAUACAGAUGAACACAAAGUUAAGGACCUUGGCAGUUUAAAUGGGACCUUUGUCAACGAUGUCAGAGUACAGGAGCAAAUGUAUGUCACACUGAAGAUCGAUGACAAACUGAGGUUUGGUUACGAUACCAACUUGUUCACGGUUGUUCGUGGUGAGCUGCACAUACCUGAAGAGGCUCUUAAGCAUGAGAAGUACAGCAGUCAACUCCAGCUCAGCCAGAGAAGGCCUGUGGAAGGGGAGUCAUCAAAAUCAGAAGGGGCAGCAGCCCCAGUGUGUGAGGCAGCGUCUGCCAAAUUCCCAGGGCCCAGCAAGGUAGAAGAAAAGAUGGCAGAUGUAGCAGUUUUACACAGGGGAACACCCCUUUAUGGACAGCCUGCCUGGUGGGGUGAUGGAGCCGCUGAUGAUCACUCUGCAAGGCCUGAUGAAAAGAUUUCUGACAGGAGUCGUGAAAAAGCUCAAACAGACCCAAAGAAGACUGCCGAAAUUCCAAAGCCUGCCCCGCAAAUAUCUUCUCAGGAGCCAAGCUACUUUGAAAUCCCAACCAAGGAUGCGCCCCCAGAAGGGAAAGAGAGUUGUGAGGUCACGUCAAGAGAUCAAGAGCCUGGUGCUUCAUGUACUACAGAGCCUGUCCAUGGGCACGCAUCCUACACCAUCGAAUUUGACGCUGGGGCAUCAGGCAAAGUGACAGUCAAAGAUCGAGUUGCAAAAUUGGGCUUAGACACAAGGGCACGUCCAAAAAGGGGAGUAGGAGAGGAGCUGAGUCCACUUCAGACAGCCAUGGUAGCAGCAGAGGUCAAAGUCGCUGAUUGGUUGGCCCAGAAUGAGUUGCCAUUGACUGUUAAAGAAACUGUGGCAGAAGAUGGUGGAGAAAGUGUCAAGAGUGAUGUUCCUGUUCAACUUCGGAGUCUUAAAGACAGCAAACAUGAGGAUGGCACACAGAGCGACUCAGAGAACGCACUAGGAGAACAACGCAGGGCUGCAGCUCUAGAGGAGCGCUCUUUAGGGCUUUGGGGUGGAACCGGAAUGAAGAUCAGGGAAGGGCGAGCUAAUGUGCCCGAGGGGCUCUUUGCAGAAGAGGAAAGUCCAGCUCGCCGUCGUAGGUCUUCAAGUACAAAAGUGUCAAUCGGCUUUGUAGACCGGCAACACAGCUCUACACUACAUCAACAAAGCAGUCGUGAUGAGUGCUAUCAGCAAGGAGAUGAUUGUAGUGACAGAGGAACAUACACCAUUGAGCUGGAAAAUGGAGAUCAUGAAGAAGAAGAGGCUCGAAAAAUGAUUGACAAGGUAUUUGGUGUAGAUGAACUAGAGACUGUGCAUGUUUCCAGAGUCGGAAGUGCAGAGAGAGAGAACAUCCCCUCUCAGAGGUCCGGUACUAGAGAUCGAGUGAAACCUGGCUUCAUGGAGGCAGAGGUACUGACUGAGGAUCUGGUGGUAGGUGGUCCUCGCUGGGUCUCACAGUGGGCUAUUCUUGCUGCCAGCCACAUAAGAACAGACCCCGAGGGAUCUGGUGGCGAGAGCCACAGUUUAGUUACCGACAAAGCAGACAUUAGUGAAUCCAGCCAUUCCUUUGCUUCAUCUGGUCAAAAAGAACGUAAAAAAAGAACUCUGCCCCAGGUGUCUGGUGAAGAAAAUUCCCAAGGAAUGAGGAAUUCUUGUAUGAACGCUGACAUGGGAGAGAAACAGGACACAGAACUGCAAGAGAAAGUAAAACCCGAGGGGAAAAUUGCGGAUGUGCAAAAUUUUCCUGCACACGGUAGCCCGAGUCGCUCUUCACCAGCCAGGUCUCAGGGUAGCAGUUAUGGGAGAACAAGUCAGUCUGGUGCGAUGGCAAAGCUACCCCCUCGACCAAAGACGAGUGGCGAGAGGAGAAAAGAGGAAGUGCUGAGGAGGAAAAAGGAAGAAGAGAAAAACAGGGAGAGUAGCGGAAAACCAUAUCUGAGACAGGAGAGUUUUACAGUGGAGAAGCCAAGCUCCAAUAUACCUAUUGAGCUAAUACCCCGCAUUGAUGGACUCACAGGUAGCAGACCCCCGAGUAGGGAAGCCGCCAUCGACAAUGAAACACUUCAGAAAGACACUGAGGCAGUGGCAGCUUUCUUAGAGACCACUGUAUCAGACCAAGGCGAUCCACCAAGUCAAUCCAUAGAAGGUUCAAUGUCACCAGAGUCGGAUGUGGACACAACUAGUACAGUAAGCCAGGCUGAUGGAGCAAGAAAAAUGGUCCAAAAACGGCGAAUUCUUGUGGGACAGCAAAAAGAGAAAACUGUUCUGUGCUCAAGCAACAAAGGCCCAGGUUCUGGUCGACAGACUCAAGAGAAGAGGGUUAAGGCCAGAACACAAGGUCCUCAGCAGCCUUGGACUUCUCUGGACCUCACAGAUGACGAUGUCAAUUCUAACUCGCUUCUCUCUGAUACCCAGCCGACCACACAAGAACCAAGAGGUUCACGGGCCAGAACCCAAACGGGAAGCACCACAGUGGGUGCCAGCACCAAGUCUAGUAGGGCUAAGAUCAACCAGCCCCCUGCUUCUGUUCCACCUAGUAAAACCACAAGUGUCCCAAAGCCAAGGCCCACAAGGGCAUCCAUACUUCGGAGAGCCCGACUCGGUGACUCAACCGAUACUGAACCUGCAGAUUUGGACAGGAUGUCUGUGGCUUCUGAAGCCUCAACUACCAGUUCCACAUCCAGGACAGGGCUUGCAAAGAGAGGAAUGUCUAGGAUAGAGGCUCUGGCACAGCCAAGGAGACCAAGGGUUGGAUCUCCUUCUGCCCAAAGUGAUUCUGAAGCCACCGUGACCAGGAGUAGAGGAUUGGGAGCUAGAAGUACUGUUGCUGAUUAUGCUACUAGACAUGGACAAAGGGGAUCCAAUGUGCCCUCUGUAUGUGGACCAAGAGCCAGGGCAAACAGUGCCUCCAAACUUCCUGAUAAAAGUAAACCUGGGUCCUUAUAUGGACAGGCUACACCAGCAGGUAUCACCAGCACUCGUUGGCGCCGUAUGCCUGUAGAGUAUGCCUCCACCUCAGAGGACGAGUAUGGCUCCAACCGCCAUCUGUCCAAACAGGGCCAGGCACGGCCAGUUCAAUCCACACGGGUGGCCCAGCUAGGAGGCUCAGGGCCAAUUGCAACUAAUUUUGCAGAUCUAAAGCCACCUUCUAGGGAUCAGGAGGAAUAUAUGAGAGACUGGACAGCACACAGUGAGGAGAUAGCCAGGAUUAGCCAGGACCUUGCCAAAGACCUCGCAAUGCUUGCAAGAGAGAUUCAUGAUGUAGCUGGAGAGAUUGACUCAGUGAGCCCUGCAACCACUGACCCUGGAGUCAUGUUGGAGGAAUGUGAUGACAGCUUGGACCUUGGAGGCCCCUCCACAGAUCAUAGCAGUGCUAUGGAAGCAAAUGGAAAGUCAAUUGAAAUGAGACCUAGGACCUCCAGUUCACAGGGAUCUCGCUCUAUUCGACGACAAACCUGGAACAGAGAUGAGGUAAUUCUAGACAGUUUACUCAUACCAUCUGUGAAUCAGCUCUCAAAGAGAAUACGACAAUCUGUCGACAAAACAGCAGGCAAAAUCAGGAUUCUUUUCAAAGAUAAAGACCGUAAAUGGGAAGAGAUUGAGAGCAAACUUCAGGCAGAGCAUGACUCCUUGCUGUUAAAGAGCUCCAACAAGGAGAUUUCCACUAUCAUUCAAGAUCUUAAGAGAGUGGAAAGACAACUGCUUGUCAUUGAUAUGAUGGUGGACCCGGAUGGCACCCUGGAUGCUCUGAGCAGUCUGGGCCUUACCAGUCCUUUGACUGACCAGAAGAGUCCUGCAGCUCACCAGGCAGAAUCGGCGCUUCCUUCUGGAACUGUGGUCUCUUCUACUGCACUGUCGGUCUCCAAGCGUGAAGUCACCCCUGGUGAAUCACAUGAACUGUCAGAGAGUUUACAGGUAGAACAAGUUCCAGGGUUCCAACAGACCAGUGGAUAA